UCCCUACCCUAUGUGCAGCUACUUUCAGAGGAUGGUACAGGACAUUGCAUGAAGAGAAUAUUGCAAUUCUUAACAAACUGGUGAAGACAGUUAGCUCAGAGAAACGACAAAGCUGUCAAUCUGAAGCUACUGAAGCACACUUGAAAAAGAUUCAGAAAACUGUAAAUGUGGUAGUGUCUUUAGUCAACUUGUGCCGAUCUCAUGAAAAGGUGACAAUCCAUGGCAUGGCUAUCAAGUAUGGUGGGAAGUAUGUGGACUCGUUUCUUAAAGUUUUUGAUUUCCUGGAAGCACAUUUUCAAGAUCAUAAGGAACUAGUCAUCCAGUUGGUCAAAGAUCUCCAGAAGGCUACAAGAACGUUACAGGCUCUAUGUUCUGAAGCCAAGGGUAUGAAACAAACAGCCAUAACCAGCAAAAUACCAGCAACAAAGAGAUCUUUAGAGCGUUUUCUGUUUCACGUUAAAGCUCUUCUCCAUACAACAUCAGGCGGCUCCAACUUCUGGAUGGGUAGCUUGAAACACAAGGACUUGAGAGGGCAGAUAGUGAGUUCUCAGGCUUAUGUAGAUAACGAAACAGAUGAGGUUGAAGAAACCAUGUCCGGAGAAGAAGAGCCCAUGCAAGAGGAUGAACUUCCCUUGACACCUUAAUUAGACUGCUAAUUAUAACUUUCUAUGUUAAUUAAUUUCUUAGUAUCUAUACACGUACCUUUCUAUGUUUCUCAUACCAUAAUCAAUAUCACAAAUUCAUAUAUAUAUAUAUUGGGUUUGUUUAAUCACAUU